CUCGACUCCUCCGUGUGCAUUUCAGAGAUUGGGACGUCCUUAAACAUGGGGUGUCUUGAUCGAUUUCCGGGUCAAGUCCCGGAGGAGGGGCAGAGAGGAAUCGAGGAGGAAUAUUGAGAUGAACCUCAUGAGUGGCAGGAUGCGGUACUGGGCGUCUGUGGAGGGGUCUCUCCCAGCCUGGGAGCAAUUCCUGCUGGGUAAAGGCCCGCUCCCUGCUCCUGGUCCAGGACAUUUACCAAGGAGAGCCAAACAGAGAGCCAGCACAGCUACAGACCAAGGCCUGCCCCCCCACUCCAAACACAGGACUGCUCGUAGAGAGAGAGCCUCCCCGCCAUAUGUCCCAGCCGGCCUGGUGGAGCAGGUUCCAGCCUCCUGUGAGCCGGGCUCCAUGUAGCAGGCCAGCCCGGCCCGGCGCUAAUUGGCUGUUAAUAGAAGGAGCGCCAUGUGGGAGCACGGAGCCGCCUGAGUGCAGAAUGUGUGCAGGGAUAAUAUUGUUCCAGGAGCCGUGAGGAGAAUAACUUGUGGCCUAUUAACGCGGAGGCCCAGAUGAGGGGCUGCGGCCUGAGUGCUCCAUUAUCUCCUGUUCUGAUGAGCGGCUCCGGAUGCGACAGUACCCGUCCCCCCUCCACCCCCCCCCCCUGCCCAAUCAAGUCUCCCCAGACGUUUAGCUGUUGAAUGUAAUUCGCUUUCAAGGGCCCAUGUUAUCUCUGAUCAUUUGCGCCAUUACGCCAGAGUCAAGUGUAAAUGCUCCAUUAUUAAGAUCGUGUCUGUCAAUAACUGGUGAGGCAAAGUGGCUGCAGAACAUAUAGAGCCAGACUGAGUCUAUAUGUGGCUUUGCAACAACACUUCAAAUUAAAACAGCCACCAAGUUUAUCAGACGGAUGCCUUCACAGAUAUGUGAUGAAUGCUUUAAUAAGGGAUAAUAAUUAGAUGAAUGGCGACUGUUUAAUGUCUGGCUACACCACUGCAUCGAAGACUGUACACUCAUCCUCACUAUAGUCCAUGAAAAUGGAAAACAAAUAAAGCUAUUUCUUAUGUCCCUAAUGCAGCAUUGAGGAUCAGCACAUUUCUAAAUAAAGGCUACCUGCAUGCUUCAA